AGGAGUGUUCUGACAUUGACAACAUCUUUGUUUUUUUGAAACAAACAACUCCGAAUCAACAGAUUGUUGAAGCUUUCAAUAAAAUGGUGGCUACUACUUGCAAAGAAGAUGGACAAUGGAGUGGAAAGAAAAUGGAAGUUGGAGAAGGUUUGAAGACUUUAGAGUGCUUAAGAGGAAGAUUGCUUGCAGAGAGACAAGCUUCGAGAUCGGCCAAAGAAGAAGCAGAGCUUAUGGGGGAAAAGUUGAUAGAGUUGGAGAAUCAGAUUAGAAAGGAGACAGAGGCAAGGAACAAAGCUGAGAGGAGGCUUAAACUCCUGAUGAAGAAGCUUGAAUCCCUCAACAUUGCCUCCACAUCAGUAACCUCAGAAAAUUCAAAUUCAACAGAAAUUUCCACAAAUUCCUCAGCCACAAAAGAAACACAAGUCCAAGAAUCAAGAUCAGAGAGUCUCGUUUCAACGAUCUCGAACAAUAAAGGCGAGAAAGUUCAAGAAAUCAUCAUAGAUAACAAACCUAAUCAGAUUUCUCCAGAUCGAGCCAAUUCAAGCCCGAACUCCAAAUCUCCAAACAAUUCCAGCACCGAUCCCCACCGAUCUCCUCAAAUCUCUCAAGUAAAAUAUCAAAGCUUUUCAGCAGAAGGAAAGGAGAGAGAGAACGAACAUUACAUAGAUAAGUUGGCCGCGUCGGCCCCCGGAGCAGCACCGGCGGCGACGAAGAUGAAGAUGAAGAUGAAGGGAAUCCAUGAGAGGGGAACAGAUGUUCCUGAUGCUGUAAAGCAGCACGUCAUCAGAGGAAACGUCCAGAGGCCAUUUGAGAGAAGAAAUCAAAUGAAAGCCAUAAUGAGUAUGUAAAUUAAUUCUAUUUGUUGUAAUAUUUUUGUAAGAAUCUCAAUCUCUAUGUUAUAUUAUAUAA